UAAAAAUCUUUCACGUGUGGUGAUUCGGUCUCGGAAUUUAGACAAGAAUUUAAUUUGCAAUUAAUUAAACACAGUACCAAGUUUCCAGUUUUAAUUAAUUUCAGUAUUAUAACCAAUUAUAUCCCAAAAGAUAUUACUAAAUGGAGGGUUUGAAAAGAAAAAAGAAAUCAGUGACAAAACCAGUUGAGGAAGUUGAAGUUUCUUCCGACUCCGAACCGGAAGAGGUAGAAGAUGUAGAGGACGACGUGGAGAAAUUAAAAGCUGAAACGGGAGAUAACGACGACAAUGCAGAAGAAAUCCCCGAGUCCGAAGAAGAAGAGGAGGAGGAUGACAAAAAUCUUAGCUUCGAAGACUUGGGUAUUGUAAGCACACUUUGUGAAGCCUGUACCAAUCUAAAAUGGACUAAACCAUCAAAAAUUCAAUGUGAAGCCAUACCUGUUGCUCUAUCUGGCAAGGAUGUCAUUGGUAUUGCUGAAACUGGUUCUGGUAAAACGGGUGCGUUCGCUCUUCCUAUAUUGCAAAAUCUGCUGGAAACCCCUCAACGUUUAUUUGCCCUGGUUUUAACUCCCACGCGAGAAUUGGCAUUCCAGAUUUCAGAGCAGUUUGAAGCAUUGGGUGCAAGGAUCGGGGUUAAAUGCGCCGUAAUUGUGGGAGGAAUUGACAUGAUGACUCAAGCCUUGUGUUUAGCGAAGAAACCUCACAUCGUCAUUGCCACACCGGGACGUCUUGUCGAUCAUUUGGAAAAUACUAAAGGAUUCAAUCUCAAAAGUUUGAAAUAUUUGGUUAUGGAUGAAGCCGAUCGUAUCUUGAACUUGGAUUUUGAAGCCGAAGUUGACAAAAUUCUUCGUGUCAUCCCUCAAUCUAGGAGAACAUUCAUGUUUUCUGCCACCAUGACCAAGAAAGUUCAAAAGUUACAAAGGGCAUCACUAAAAGAUCCCGUCAAAGUCGAGGUUUCGACAAAGUAUAAAACUGUGGACAAGUUACAGCAGUCGUAUUUAUUCAUUCCCCUCAAAUUCAAGGACGUGUAUUUGGUUCAUAUACUGAACGAGUUGGCUGGAAAUUCGUUCAUGGUAUUCUGUGCUACGUGUGCAAAUGCAAUGCGUACCGCUCUUAUGCUGCGAAAUCUUGGAUUUCAUGCUAUUCCUUUGCAUGGUCAAAUGUCACAGAACAAGCGUUUGGCAUCUCUCAACAAAUUCAGGGCAAAAAACAGGUCAAUUUUAAUAUCUACCGAUGUGGCGAGCAGAGGCUUAGACAUUCCUCAUGUGGACGUCGUGGUCAAUUUUGACAUCCCCACUCAUAGCAAGGACUAUAUUCACAGAGUUGGAAGAACUGCACGAGCUGGACGGUCUGGAAAAGCUGUGACGUUUGUUACGCAGUACGACGUGGAGCUUUAUCAGCGAAUUGAGCAUCUCAUCGAGAAGAAAUUGCCCCUGUAUAAAACUGAGGAGGAAGAGGUUAUGGUCCUAACGGAGCGUGUAUCUGAAUCCCAGCGAUAUGCUAAAAUGCAAAUGAAGGAACUUGACGAUAAACGAAGAGGCGGAGGUAGUAGAAAGAGGGACGAAGACGAUGGCGGGGACGACACAGAACAAUCCCUCGGAGUACGAAAACGUCUCAAACCUAACAGAAACGACAAUAGGGCCAAUCGAGGAAAGAAAUUUAAGCGUUAAGCUCCCACGGACAGCGCAGUGUGAUGAUUUGUUCAUGUUAUUAUUAUAUCGAUUCUGGUUGAAUGUUUGUUAUUCUCCAAUUAACUAUUUUUAGUUAUGAAUAAAAGGGCAUACACACGUUCAAGGCAUA